GAUAUUAGGAGAAGAGUCCUAAUGCACAGCUUGAGAUGCUUCCUCUCCGACGUGGGUCUCGUCUCCAAACCAGGACUGCUCUUCUGGAGUGCCAGAAAACCUACAGGUCAGUCACAGCUCUUUUUGGACUCAUCAUAUAAGGGAAACUUCAUCCACAUGGUAUCCAAGAUGUGUCAAAGAGGACAGAAGAGUCUGAAGAAACCACGCCAUAUUACAUCACUAGAUGGUUCCUGGCAGGAAAGGCUGGCUGAUGUUGUGACGCCACUCUGGAGAUUAAGCUAUGAAGAACAGCUUAAGGUGAAAUUUGAAGCUCAGAAGAAAAUUUUACAGAAACUAGAGUCUUACCUCCACAUGCUCCGUGGGGUCAAUGCAACAACAGCUACCUCCAGCUCUGAGGGGCUCUGUUGUCUCCUCCAUCCUAUUAUACCCUCUCCUGUUAUCCAUGGCUACCGAAAUAAGUCCACCUUCUCAGUGAACCGAGGUCCAGAUGGCAAUCCAAAGACUGUGGGGCACUACCUGGGAACUUGGAGAGACAAGAACAUUGUCUGUGUACGGUCUAACCAUCUGAAAAACAUCCCUGAGAAACACAAUCAAGUGGCCCAGUACUAUGAAGUAUUGCUUCGACAGUCCCCACUGGAGCCCUGCCUUUUGUUUCAUGAAGGUGGAUAUUGGCGUGAACUCAUGGUCCGCACCAAUAACCAAGGGCACACGAUGGCCAUCAUCACUUUCCAUCCCCAGGAAUUAAGGCAGGAGGAACUCUGUGUUCAGAAAGAGACAAUAAAAGCAUUUUUCAGCAAGGGACCAGGAGCAGUUUGUGACUUGACAUCACUUUACUUCCAGGAGAGCACCAUGACCCGCUGCAGCCAUCAGCAAUCCCCCUACCAGCUCCUAUUUGGGGAACCGCACAUCUUUGAAGAUCUCUUGGACUUGAAGAUUCGCAUCUCUCCAGAUGCCUUUUUCCAGAUUAAUACGGCUGGUGCAGAAAUGCUGUAUCAGACCGUGAGAGAGCUGAGUGGAGUGAACUCUAACACCAUCCUGCUUGAUACCUGUUGUGGAACUGGCGUGAUCGGCUCUCUGGCUCAGCAUUCCUCCCAGGUCCUUGGGAUUGAGUUGGUGGAGCAGGCGGUAGAGGAUGCCAGGUGGACUGCAGCCUUCAACGGCAUCACCAACUGUGAGUUCCACACUGGUCGAGCAGAGAAGAUUUUGCCACAGCUACUUAAAUCAAAAGAAGAUGGGCAGUUAAUUGUUGCUGUGCUGAACCCAGCCCGGGCAGGACUGCAUUACCAGGUGGUGCAAGCCGUUCGAAACUGCAGCGCCAUCCACACACUAGUGUUUGUUUCCUGUAAGCCCCAUGGUGAAGCCACAAGGAACAUCAUUGAGCUGUGCUGCCCUUUAAACCCUGCUAAGAAGCUCCUCGGCGAGCCUUUUGUGCUGAGACGAGCUGUGCCCGUGGAUCUGUUCCCACACACCCCACACUGCGAGCUGGUGCUCCUCUUCACACGAUAAGUGGCCUCCUCCAAGACUGCAGGCUCUUUGUUAAGGCUGAAGUUUCAGUAAUUUCCAGGCCUUACCUGUACAGAAGCUUCUAGACUCUCCACUUUCCUUUGACAGUCAGCCGCCUGAAACAACUGUCAAGGUGGACCUUCAAGUCUUGAAGGCAGAGAAGGAAAAAAAAGCAGAAGACCCAUGGUAGCCACUGACACAUUUGUGAGACAAGGGUGAACCAGGAAAUUGCCGAAGACUCUUCUUUCUGCUUUCAGAAACGAAGCCCUUCCUAAACUAAGUUUGUUCACUUAGGUUCUGUGAGAUGGUUGAAGAAAAUGGGUUUGUGACAUGCUUGGUUAAGGUUCUUUUCUUUAUGUUCUGUACAGGUGAAUACAUAUUUUCCCUACCAUC